AUGCUGCUCUCCGGACUCACUCUCAUUGCACUCAGUGCUUCCACCCUGGCCCAACUGUCAGGCGCAGGCGUGCAGUCCAAUGCCAGUCUGCCAACGAAUGCAUCACGGGUAUAUGCGACUCUUCAACUCGUAAAUGUGCUCGAGGCUCUACCGGUGACGGUUGCGGCUCCGGAUAUGACUGCGCUUCUAAUCGUUGCACUGGUGGUCGGUGUUCAUCUUGUCAGAGUGGACAGGGGGUUGGCCUUCCCCCUGGAUCUCCCUGUCCUGGUGUUUCAGAUCCCGACCCGUGCUGCAGCAGCCAUUGCCGAGUGGACGCGUCAGCCCCCGGAGGCUUCAGGUGCCAAUCCAACACUCAGCCUUGAGGAGGAAAUGUCCAGUUAUUUCUUGCUCCCGGUAUUCAGCUGCUCUUCCUGUGUUAUACAAUAA